CUUGCAGGCAUUGGUGGAAGCAGAUGACGAGGAUAUGGAUGAGCAGAUGCAGGGUAAAACCACGGAGGAGGAAGAAAAGGAGUGCCUGGAGGCGUGGGAUGUACAUGAACAGGAAGGGUGGGAGGAGAAGGACAGUACCAUUUUGAGAACCUCGCAGGGAGCGGAAAGAACGCAUGUGCCGGGGUCUCUGUCGAGUUUUGAGGGCGCGCAGGCCGCCAUGGCGAUGGAAGGGAAGGAGACGGGGGAGGAGGAAAGCGAGGAGGAUCAGGAGGCGGCGAGGAAUGAAGCGGCACUCACGGAGAGCUGCCGCCUCUUUUUAAAGAGCAUGGACUCUGGAGGGUCUCCGUCGUCUCCGAGCAGCAGGUGGCGUGGAGAAAGGGGAUGGGAAUCAGAUUUGCCCGUGGAUCGGUACCUGAAGGUGUGCGAAUCGCUCGCUUACACGUUGGCGGUGGCGCAGGUGGAGAUGGGUCACGGCGGGGAAGAGAAGGGAAGAAAGGGAUGGCACGCCGAUGGAGGACGAGGCGACAUUGGCGGGACCAGCGGCACCUGUAGCGGAGGAGAUCACGCUGACGUUGCCCGGGUGACACGAUUGAAUGCUUUGAUUCGGGUUCUGGGCUACAUGACGCGUCCGCUAUGGCCUUCGUUCCUGGAUCCCCUCCCUUCUCCAGUCACCGAUUCUCAAGCGGCUGGCUCUUCGGGCUCGACAAACGAAAAUCAGGGAGUGCAGGAGGGGGAUGAUGAAGGGGACGCAGUGGGAAUGCUCACAAGCAUGGGUAGGGGUUACGGCGAGGACGCGCCGAUAAAACCGCUUUUAUCGGCGCAACACCUUCGUAAGCGACGGCGUGGAGGUCCUGAAGCCCAGGAGCGUGGACUGGGCGGCAUUGGCGGCCGGAAAAGACGGCAAGGGAGGGCGGAGGGAGUAGCCCCCAGGGUCAGGAUGGCGGGGCCCUUGGCACGCUUGUUGUUGGGAGGCGGCUGUCCCCUGAACGUGGGGCGGGGCUCGUCUUCCCUCUUGCGGACAGAGCAGCCCCUUCUGAGCCAGAAUGUUUGGUGCGUCUGGGUGGCGGCGGCGGUGGACUUGACCUUUCUGGCGCCCUCGGUCUCGUCGGCGCAAGGCGGGCGGGCCCAGACGGGGAAGGAAAGCUCGCGGGGGAAAACAGAGGAAGAUGUGCUCCGGGACUUGACGUGUGCUAUUUUCGUGGCUCGCGUGGUGCAGGUGUUGUGGGAUACGGGGGGUGUAUUCCGACUCGCGCCUGGUGGGGGAGGAAAAGGCAAGGAGGAGGCCAUGGAGAUUCCCGGGGGCCCGAGGCUGGGGGCCAACGGCGACAAAGACGACCUCGAAGAGGGAGCUAGCAGGGAGGAAACUCUCUUGCUGGAAGGUGUCUCGGCCGCGAUGGGUGAGGCGAAGGAGGGACCCUCGCCAGUGGAGCGCGCUGAGAUGCUAGACAUGAGCGCAUGGGGCAUGCGACUCGGUCGCUCCAUGGCCUCCCGGGCUGUUGCCACCCUGAGUGUGGAGGAGGCGCAGGAGCGUGUGAGUCCGGGGCAACUGGCGAGUCGGUUUGAGAUGGCGAAGCAGGCGGGUAAGGCGCUGUUGGAGUGUGCGGCCUUAUUCGUGCGCGUCAAGACCGCGCAAGGUGGGGACGGAGGUGCAAAGAGAGGGAAGACGGCAGGGACGGACGGGCAGUCGGAGAGCGAUAGCAGGUCGGGUCGUGGGAGAGUGGUUUCAAGUUGGCCGGGAUGGCACUUAACUGGGCCUGGUGCUUCCUUCACUGAUCUUCGAAGGGCCAUGGGCGUCCCGGAAUUCGCCGACUUAUUGCGAGAGGAGGGACAAAUGUGGACGUGCCUGGCCAUCACUUGGCUGUCAGAGUGGAGCCAACGCUUCCUAGCCCGUCCCCCGUCCUCUCCGCCCUCCUACUUGGUCAGACCCGCCGGUCCCUCCUCCUGGGAUCGUGACCGGCGCUCCCUCGACUAUCCCGUCUGGGCCCCGCCUCGCUUUGUGCCCCUCCGGGCAUCGUACACCGAGCUUCACUCCGAGCUGAUUGCCCGCCUGCUUUCGGCCUUUGAUCAGAACGAAGCGGGGGACUCCGCAUUCCCCAUGGCAAGUGGGGGGGUUGCUGGCACAGGCGCUAUCACGCCGGUCGCUGCGGCCGGAGGAGGUGGGGGAGGAGGACCCCGGGUGGAGAAUCCUGUGCUCUGUUUAGUGUGCAACGCCGCCCUGGAGGCCGGGCGUGGCCGCUGUACGGCGCAUGCGAGGGCAUGCGGACGAGGGGUGGGCGUAUUCUUCCUCCUGCAAGACUGCUCUGUCCUCCUGAUUUAUUUGGACCGGGCCUGCUACUUUCCGAGCCCCUACGUGGACGUGUACGGGGAAAGGCACAAACAAUUUCGGGGUCGGCCAUUGCAUUUGGAUGAGCGGCGCUUGGAGGCCCUGCGGCGCGUGUGGGCCAAGCAGCGGGUGCCUUACGAGGUGGUACAGGCGAGGAGUACGAGUAAGCAUGUCAUUCUGACCAACUACUACUAGAAGAGAUGGACAUGAAGGAGAGCUAUACACGACGACGCAUUAGGGAAGAAUAUGCGCGCUUUGGGAUAGGAUCGAUAGAGAGAUGCAAGGACUCGACAACCAAGGAUAUAGCGCGGGUGUAAAAAGCAUGCAGGCAGCGAAGAAGGACCGCCGUAUAGCCUUGGGUUUUGAGCACCUGCACUUUCAGUGGGGUGACCAUGUGUCGACGUGAAAUUGGUGCGUGGGUGAAGUUCAGUCGAAUGAUUUCCCGAAGCCGCAAUUAACGCGGGAGGAAAGAUGACACACACAAGACACAAAAGUAAGGAGAGACAGACCAUACACUUCAG